AUGCCUAAUAUUAAAAUACAAUCUUUAAGUUCUAAUAUUUCUGCUGAUAAUUUUAAAAUAAAUUUUAUGCUUAAAAAAGCAGUAAGAAAAGAAUAUAAAGUUCCUUCACCAAAUAUUGUUAUUUUAGAAGCUGAACUAGCACCAAGUACAAAUCUUGUAGUGCAUAAAGCCUAUAAAAUAUAUAUAGAGGACUUAGAAUUAAAUCAAGAAGAAUCUUUGAAUAUUGCUUAUAAUGAAGCAAUUUUUUGA